AUGAAUAAUAGUACUUAUGACCUUGCCAAAUACCUUACAGAAAAAAUUUCAAAUCUUUCUCCAGAAAAACGAUAUCUUCUUGCGAUAGCAGGCAUUCCAGGAUCAGGUAAAACUACCUUGGCAAAUAAUCUCGCAGAAGAUGUAAACAAGUUAAUUGAAAAACAAGUAGCCAUCAAUAUAUCAAUGGAUGGAUAUCAUUACCCCAAAAAAAUCUUGGACACAUUUCCGAAUGUCGAGGAAGCUUAUGCUCGUCGUGGAGCGCAUUGGACAUUUGAUGCUGAAGGUCUUCUUCAACUUGUUGUAAGCCUUCGAAAUCCAAUAAUAAAUCAGAUAAUCAUCAACGCACCAUCAUUUGACCAUGCUGUUGGUGACCCUGUCGAAGAUGACAUCAAGAUUCUUCCAAGUCAUCAAUUAGUGAUAUUUGAAGGACUCUACCUUCACUUGAGAGAACCACGUAUUUGGAAUUCGAUUGCUUUACAAAUGGACGAACUUUGGUUUUUACAAAUAGAUCGUGAAAUUGCAAAAAUGAGAGUGAUUAAAAGACACAUAAAAAGUGGAAUUGCUAAAGAUGAGAAAUCUGCCGCAUAUAGAAUAGAAAGUAAUGAUUUUGUAAAUGCUGAUUAUAUUCUGGAGAAUAGCAUUACACCCACAAGGAUAAUUGUUAUUAACUAA